UAAAAUUUUUAGACUUAAACCACUUGUUCUAUAUUUAGUAAUGACUUCGAUUCAGCAUAAGGAGUUGGGUCGUUACAGUUGGUAUCAGAGCACAGUGUUUUAGGUUCUGUAGACUGACCUACGAUGUAAGUCAUUUUUGUUUGGUUUUACUUCACCCUAUGGCUAUACGGUCCUUCGGCACUCGCCAGGUAUGUCUAAAGCCUUGCUAAUGUUAAGAUUACAAUUUUGCCUGAAUAGUCUAAGACCUAGAUAUAGGGUGUUAAGUUCUUGUGGUGAAAAGUUUGUUGGUGAAUUUUAGGGAGAAUGCCGCCACGUAGGGGUACACGCCGAGGGGGUGGUAGGGGAGGCAGAGGAGCCGGUCGUGGCCAGCCGGAGGCGCCACCUGUUGCACCGGCAGUCGACCCAAACGCACCGGUCACCCAGGCGGAUCUCGCCGCAAUGGAGCAGCGUUAUCAGGACAUGCUGCAAGCUGCUUUGGCGCCUUUCCUUGCCGCCCAGCAGAACCAGGCCGCCCCUGUUCAGGCUCAGGCCGUCGCUCCUCCAGCCCCUGAGGAAGCUCAACCAGUACCAGUUCAACUGUCGGCCGAGGCGAAACACUUACGGGAUUUCAGGAAGUAUAAUCCCAAGACCUUUGACGGAUCCAUGGACAACCCCACAAAGGCCCAAAUGUGGUUGACGUCCAUAGAGACUAUUUUCCGGUACAUGAAGUGCCCAGAAGACCAGAAGGUGCAGUGUGCAGUCUUCUUCUUGGAGGACAGGGGCACCGCCUGGUGGGAGACCGCGGAGAGAAUGCUAGGGGGCGAUGUAAGCAAAAUAACAUGGGAGCAGUUCAAGGAGAACUUCUAUGCUAAGUUUUUCUCCGCCAAUGUGAAGCACGCCAAGCUGCAAGAGUUCCUAAACUUGGAGCAAGGCGACAUGACGGUGGAGCAGUACGACGCCGAGUUCGAUAUGCUGUCCCGCUUUGCUCCCGAUAUGGUAAGAGAUGAGGCUGCCAGGACGGAGAAAUUUGUUAGAGGACUCAGGCUAGACCUUCAGGGCAUUGUCAGAGCCCUCCGCCCAGCCACGCAUGCUGAUGCACUACGUAUAGCACUGGAUUUGAGCCUGCCUGAGAGAGCCGAUGCGUCUAAGGCUGCCGGCAGAGGGUCAGCCUUGGGACAGAAGAGAAAGGUUGAGACGCAGCCUGACGUAGCACCGCAGCGAACACUGAGGUCAGGAGGUGUCUUCCAGAGACACCGACGGGAGCUUGCAGCAGCCGGGAGGACUCUGAGAGAGCUACCCGCUUGUACUACCUGCGGGAGAGUCCACGGAGGUCGUUGCUUGGCUGGAAGUGGAGUCUGCUUUAGGUGCAGACAGCCGGGGCACACUGCUGAUAUGUGUCCUCGGAAACCCUUUGAGACGACACCGCCCCAGCCUUCUGCGGCCCAGCAGGGGAGAGUUUUCGCCACUACCCGGCAGGAGGCCGAGCGAGCUGGCACUGUGGUGACAGGUACGCUCCCAAUUUUGGGGCACUAUGCUUUUGUGCUAUUUGACUCUGGGUCAUCCCACUCGUUUAUAUCCUCCGUUUUCGUUCAGCAUGUGGGUUUAGAGGUAGAGCCUUUGGGUAGUGUUUUGUCGGUUUCUACUCCAUCUGGGGAGGUCCUGUUAUCCAAAGAACAAAUAAAGGCAUGUCGGGUAGAGAUAGCGAAUCGUAUGUUAGACGUGACCUUGCUAGUGUUAGACAUGCAGGAUUUUGAUGUGAUACUAGGCAUGGAUUGGCUAUCAGCCAACCAUGCAAAUAUAGACUGUUAUGGCAAGGAAGUUGUCUUCAACCCUCCCUCCGAGGCUAGUUUCAAAUUCAGGGGGGCAGGCAUGGUAUGUAUACCCAAGGUCAUCUCAGCCAUGAAGGCUAGUAAACUACUCAGCCAGGGUACUUGGGGUAUUUUGGCAAGCGUAGUGGAUGUGAGAGAGCCGGAAGUUUCCCUAUCUUCCGAACCAGUGGUAAGAGAGUACCCCGAUGUUUUUCCAGACGAACUUCCAGGACUUCCGCCUCCCAGAGAAGUAGACUUCGCUAUCGAGUUAGAGCCGGGCACUGCCCCAAUCUCGAGGGCCCCUUACAGAAUGGCUCCAGCCGAACUAAAGGAGUUGAAGGUCCAGUUACAGGAGUUGCUGGACAAAGGCUUCAUCCGGCCCAGUGUGUCGCCUUGGGGAGCCCCAGUAUUGUUCGUGAAGAAGAAGGAUGGGUCAAUGCGCCUUUGUAUUGACUACCGAGAGCUGAACAAGGUGACAGUCAAAAACCGCUACCCCUUGCCCAGGAUUGAUGACCUGUUCGAUCAGUUGCAGGGAGCCACCGUCUUCUCCAAGAUCGACCUGCGAUCAGGCUAUCACCAGUUGAGGAUUAGGGACGGUGACAUCCCCAAGACGGCCUUUCGAUCGAGGUACGGACAUUACGAAUUCGUUGUGAUGUCUUUCGGCUUGACUAACGCUCCUGCAGUAUUCAUGGAUCUGAUGAACAGGGUGUUUAAGGAGUUUCUAGACUCGUUCGUCAUAGUCUUCAUUGACGACAUCCUCAUUUACUCAAAAACUGAGGCUGAGCACGAGGAGCACUUACACCAAGUUUUGGAGACCCUUCGAGCCAACAAGUUGUAUGCCAAGUUCUCCAAGUGUGAAUUCUGGUUAAGGAAGGUGACGUUUCUUGGCCACGUGGUUUCCAGUGAGGGAGUUUCAGUAGAUCCCGCAAAGAUUGAAGCGGUGACCAACUGGACCCGACCGUCCACGGUUAGUGAAAUUCGAAGUUUUCUGGGCUUGGCAGGUUACUACAGGAGGUUCGUGGAAGACUUCUCACGUAUAGCCAGCCCGUUGACCCAGUUGACCAAGAAGGGAACCCCUUUUGUCUGGAGCCCAGCUUGCGAGAGGAGCUUUCAGGAGCUCAAACAGAAGCUAGUGACUGCACCGGUCCUGACAGUGCCCGAUGGUUCGGGAAACUUUGUAAUCUAUAGUGACGCCUCCAAGAAGGGACUAGGUUGUGUCCUGAUGCAGCAGGGUAAGGUAGUUGCUUAUGCCUCCCGCCAGUUGAAGAUCCAUGAGCAGAACUACCCUACCCAUGACUUGGAGUUGGCAGCUGUAGUCUUUGCACUGAAGAUAUGGAGGCACUAUUUGUACGGUGAGAAGAUUCAGAUUUACACCGAUCAUAAGAGCCUGAAGUACUUCUUCACCCAGAAGGAGUUGAACAUGAGGCAGAGGAGGUGGCUUGAGUUGGUGAAAGACUACGACUGCGAGAUCCUAUACCACCCAGGUAAAGCGAAUGUAGUGGCUGAUGCGCUAAGUAGGAAAGUUGCACAUUCAGCAGCGCUAAUCACCAAGCAGACCCCCUUACUCAGGGACUUUGAGAGGGCAGAGAUUGCAGUCUCAGUAGGUGAGGUUACCGCACAGUUGGCUCAGUUGACAGUUCAGCCAACCUUGAGGCAAAAGAUCAUUGCUGCUCAGCUGAAUGAUCCUUAUUUGGCAGAGAAGCGUCGCGUGGUAGAGACAGAGCAAGGUGAAGGCUUCUCCAUCCAGUUGUAUUCCGCCGUGUCAUCUUACCGAGCAGCAGCCUUCGACAAGCGUCAGACCGAGUCGAGUUACCGUUCGAGUCGGAUGAGUGUGCAGGCUGCUUGUUCCUCAGUCGUUCGAACGAUCCGUGUAAGGCAUUAG